AUGGCGGUUUAUUUCAACCUCUACGGCGCGCGUCAUGGCGGGCUGGGCUCAGUCAGUCAAUGGCGGUCCCUGACGAGUACGAGGGCGUACAGGGCGAGGGCGACGGCACAGAGGUCGAAGACGGAUAGAUCGAGGGUGACAAACAUGCCGGUAAGUGGCGUGCCGCCGUGGGGUAUUAACGCCCCCGUCGGAAGCACCCCGGAGAUGGAAGAGGCGAAGCGGGAGAAGCAGCUGGCGAAGGACCGUGCGAGGGAGCGGAUCGCGGCGAUGGAGAACCAGAGCACGGCGGACGACCGGAUCAACCGUACCUUCGAGCUUUACCCUCUGACGAGAGACGAGCAGGACACCUGCGCGGCGCUGCUGGAGCCGUGCAAGCACACUUCCCUCCUUGUAAUGCCGACGCACCGGAUCAACGAGCUGGGGGAGUUCCAGGGCUUCCGCUUCAACGCCGGGACCCACGUUUCCGCGGGGAUCCUGCCGAUCUCGAGGAAGAUGUUCUUCGGGACGACGAUGACGGAGUGCAUCUCCCCGGGGGGUGUCCAGAGUGAGCAGGGCAUCAACCACAAGGCGAUCGAGCUACUUUCAGAUCUUCAGUCAUGUAGAGAACGAAUGCAGCGGGUCCUGCAAAAGAUCCAAGAAGAAUCGAUGCAUAGCAAGGCGUCCUUCCAGUGCAUGCCGGUCAACGCCUACGGGGCGCACGAGGAGGGCGACGCCUACCUCUCCGACUUCCGGAGGUACGCGGAUUCGAAGUAUUGGGCUCCCGAGCCCCCGGACUUCGUCGGCAUCUACCACGGCUUCACCCGCGGCUUCAUCAACGACAUCCGGGAGCACAAGCUCUACAUCGUCUGCUCCGGCGGCCUGAACUACGCCUCGCACGACUUCUACAACAUGAUCCUCGACAUCGGGGACAGCGUCACGGCGGGGGACGUGUACGAGAGCGAGGAGGUGCACUGGCUCCGGAAGGCGUCGCAGCGCUCCCGGUGCAAGAUCAUCAAGGCCGUCGCCGACGAGUUCGGGCUCGACAUCCCCGUCCAGCUCGACACCCACGAGCACUCCACCCGCGGCAGCCACGUCGCCGUCCCCACCACGGAGACCCUCCACCACGACAUCCAGAGGACCGCCAGGGACGUCGUCUCCGUCUACAACCACGCCUGCAACACCGAGGCCGCGGAGAACGGCGUCCUCUGCCCCAUGCACCCCUGCGAGGGCGUCUGGCUCUUCCAGGGGCCCAGGGUCAACUGCAACGGCUACCAGUCCUACGGGUCCGGGUUCGGCUCGCAGUUCAUCUGCGGCGCGUUCCCCACGGGGUCGUACCCCAUCGCAAGGAUGCGGAGGAACGUCAAGGGCUUCUACGAGACGCGGAAGGACCCCGUGAAGGUCUCCGCCAUCUCCAUGGAGAUCUUCCAGCAGAACGUCGUGACGGUGCCCGGGAGCAUGUUCGAGAUCGAGCACCAGGCCAACCAGAACCUCGAGCUCAACCUCGAGUACUUCUCCUUCGACGAGCCCUUCAUGAAGAACCUCGAGGCCAUGCAGUGGAACAGGGACAACGGCGUGGUCGAGCUCAUGCCGAUCAUUGUGGGGCUGGGGUGA